GAAUUAGGAAAUGCGCUGCUGUGUGUAACAGGUCCCUCCUCUCGUUGAGUUUGACCCAUGAUUUGACGACGGAUGUCGGUGACCAGAGCCUCCAACGGCCGCCUGUUGUAGACAUCACCGCCGGACCAACGGCUAGCAACGGUCCCGUCCAUCAAUGGCCGAUUCACCCGCCGUUACGAUAAAUCAGACUACAGAGACUGGAAAAGGUGCAGGUGGAGCAGCGGGGGGAACCCCAGACUACACCGCUUUCGUCCUGGUUCCCGUUUUCUUCCUUCUGGGCCUGUUGGGGGUGGUGAUCUGCCACGUGUUGAAGAGAAAGGGCUAUCGGUGCACCACUGAGGCCCAGGAUGGCGAGGAGUGCGAGGAAGAAGACAAGGAUCUUGAGCAGGGCGGAGACAUGAAUGACACCCUCAGUGACAACAACGACACGGUCGGACAGAUCGUCCACUACAUCAUGAAGAAUGAAGCAAACUCAGACGCGCUGAAAGCCAUGGUUCAUGAGAACAGCAUUGAUUCUGACGGUCCCCCGCUCACCCCCACCUCUCCCGGCACCCCAACCCCUCCGAUGACUCCCAUAUCACCGGGUGCACCGGCAGGAGCCGCCAAGCACACCUGCAACCACCUGCACACCAUCGGCGGCGCGGGCGGCAACAAGAACAUCUGCAGCCGCUGCAGCCAGAAGAAAUGGCCGCUGAUGAGGAGGCCGUCGGCUCGUAAGACGGAAAACCGGCGCAGCCAACAAGGAGAGAUCACGGUUCUGGCUGUGGGCAGGUUCCGGGUGACAAAGUGUGAAAAACUAGCCAAGGAGAGGCGGACCCUGUUAAUAACGGACUCCAAUGGGAGCGUUCCUUCAUCUCCUACGGAGGUGGAACCCAAGAGCCGGACCACGUCAGAGUCCCAGCAGGAACAGACGGACAACUUGAACAAAGAGAACCGAUAGAAAACCAGAUGUCCAAAGAGAGGAGGAAAACAGCAUCUGGACACUUUUUUUUAAAUCCCAAACGAGAACAUCAUCAGCAAAAAACAGCAGUGGAGGAGCGAAGUCGACUCAGGAGUCGUGCCUCCACAUUCCCGCUCCACGGGGGAGCCAAACGUGCUGCUGGUGAUGAGGACGGCGGUGGCGAGAAUGGCGUUUAGAGUCACACUGGCCACUUAUUUUACAAGCAGAAGGGAGGUAAGGUGUGUCUGUUUAUGAUACAAUCUAUAUCCUCCCCAACAUAGAUUUACAGUUAGUGCCUUGCUCACGGGCGUUAAAGCAGGGAAGCUGCUCGACAUCAAGGAAGCCUGAGCCUUGGACGCGAUCCAUGAUGUAUGUACAUAUGUUUUUGUAUGUCAAGGUAUAGAGGAGUUUUUGCAUGUUAUGAGUCAGUUAAUUGAUAAAACUACACCCUAGAAAACAGGUACAGCCAGUCUGAGAUUAUAUUGUAGGUUGUCAUUCCCAAACAGGAAGUAGGAACAACCCUGACGUAGAGGUCACAGAGCCAGGAAGUACACGGAAGAUGUGAUAAGAGUAAAGCAGCAGUUAUAUCGUAUCCUGUAGUGGUGUGAACGCGAUGCCGUCAGGAUGAUGAGGCAUCAUCGUCAGGUUUAUGUGUCCUGCUUUUCAAAAUCAAACAAUUAGCUGUAACACUCACACAGGGGCUGCUCACUCAGUGACAGCGUUAUUCUGACAUUAACAGCCAAAAUCCUGACGCAGGUCAGUCUGCUCCUUCCAGGUCACUGCCUGGUUUCCCCUUUUUGUGAUUUCCCAUGAGUCAAACCGGCAUUACUAAAUCUUUAAACCUGCCUUAAUUGUUUUUUUUUCUUGGUCACUCUUGUGGCUGCUAAACACAUCCACCAAAACCCCUUUAUAAGCUGAUAAUAUGUAAAUGUGUUUACAAACAGUUGCCUAGUUACACAUCCGGCAGUCAUUAGCAGUCAUGUCGUAUUUUCACUUCAUUGUACGGCUCGACUCUUCUCUGCUCGCCUUUGGUACCUCUGCUUAGUUUUUUCUACUGUAUAUAGUACUUUGCAUAGUACCCCCCUUCAACGUAGGUGGAGCUGAUCGUCAUAGCGACGCGGUUGGGGAAAACAAGCCGGAAACAACAGAGAGCUUUACUUUGGCGGAGAAGUUAUUCACUAGAACCUACACUACCUUUACUGCCCAGACUGACACCUACACUGCACCGCUCUCAUCCACUCACUACGCACACAGGAAAGAGUGUUGCUCUUAUAAUGGAGGAUAUAGAGUGACGGGAUCCUCAGUCAACUAGUUAGCAAGAGUUUUGCUAACAUUAGCUAACUUCAGAUGUGACUAUACACACACACACACACACACACACACACACACACACACACAUAUAUAUAUAUAUAUAUGUCGGUUUUAUCUGCUAACCAUCUUCAAACUAGUACUGUCUAUUCAGCAGACGAGCCGAGCACAAAGCUUCUCUAAGUACAGGAGAGGAGAGAGUUGACCGAGGCUUGCUCAACUGUUGUUGGAGCUCAGAGGUAUCAGCUCAGCACUUUUGGAACCUCGACUGAAGUGGUACCAUAAAAAGUACCAGGUACUGUCUAUAAUGGGAAACCCAAAAAGAGCGAGUCGAGCCGUACCCUGAGGUUGAGUAAGCGGCUCAAUAUUCCUUCUUUAUGUUGUUCUGAGACUGAAAGAUGUAAAACGGGAAGUGGUUGUUACAAAAUGUGGGAGUUUAAAAGACAUAAAUGUUUGCCAGUUGAAAAGAUGAACUAGUUGCAUUAUGGGAAAUGUAGCAUACAGUGUUGUAUCUCGGGCCUUUUUCUGCUAUGAUUUCGAUCACUUUUUAAAAAAAUCUGUCUCACGUGAGUCCUGCAACUUCAUGCGAGUGACCCUUUUAAAGACUGUUGUGAGGUCAGACAUAAUCAUCCCAACAUGUCAUUUUCCCAGACCUUUGUGAUGAAAACACGUCAUUUUAGCCGGUAUUUGUGAAUGUAAUGUCAUUGUGCCUCGUUUAAAAACAACAAACAUACCUUUUUGUUAUUCAUAUUUUGGGGCAGUUUGAUGUAUUUUCAUUGUUGUGUAAUGAAUGAAAUAAAGAUGACUAAUAACAUAUCAAACCAUUAAAUAAUUA